AUGGCAAAACCGCUAUAUUUACUAACAGAAAAGUUAGAUGGCAUAGAGAAGCUAAUUAUGAUGGAUUCAUCACAUGACAUGGUGAAAUUGUGUAAAGAUUCAGAAAAGGAUUUGUCUAGUGAUAACAUUGAAAUUUCAUUUUUGGUAGGCGAUAAAGAAUUUUUACCUAUACAAGCAAGUUCUGUUGAUUUAGUGAUAAGUUGCUUGGGACUCCACUGGACAAACGAUCUUCCUGGUGCAAUGAUACAAAGUAGGGUUGCAUUGAAACAUGAUCUCUUGUCUUUAGCAGCUAUUUUUGGUGGAGAAACACUAAAAGAGCUGAGAAUUGCAUGCACUAUAGCACACAUGGAGCGUGAAGGUGGUGUGAGUCUAAGAAUAUCACCAUUAACAGAAGUUGUUGUGAAAAAUAAAGAAACCCGAAAUCACCUAAAAGAACUCAAUGCUGAAAAAGAAAGAGAUAUGGAGUGUGUUCGCCAAAGAGAUGAACUUUAUAGACAUUGA